AUGACUCUUGCCAAUCAAAUCGGUGAUGCAAUUCAAUACAGUCAUUCCCAGGGGGUUUACCAUCGUGAUAUUAAACCAGAAAACAUCUUGAUUGAUAAUGAAGGACAAUUUAAGUUGUGUGAUUGGGGGUUGGCUACCAAUGUCAGAUUUAAUGAUGAAUUUGGUGUUGGUACCGAGAAAUAUAUGGCACCGGAAUGUUUGUUGAAGAAUGAAAGUUUUACCAGUAGUUCUAGCAGUGAUCAAAAUCCAGUAGAUCAACAAUAUUUGUUUGAUAACUACGACUGUAAAUAUGCUGAUUAUUGGUCCUUUGGUAUUACUAUUCUUUCAAGCAUCUUUGGAACCAGUCCAUUUAAAUCUGGCAAGAAUAAGUCCAUAACUUGUGAUUAUAACUUUAAGAAUUUUGUUCAUUUGAACAAAUCUCACAUUUUGUAUGAUAUCUAUCCAAGUAUGAACUUUUCUUGUUUUGAGAUGAUUAUGAAUUUGUUACGUAUGGGUAAUGAUGAAGACGAAUUGGAAAUUGUCAAGGAAAAGAUUGCCCUGAGAAGUAUUGAUAGGUUUCUUGAUGAUAUGAAUGAAACUUGGAAGUUUGGAUUUGUUGAAGAAGUUUUAUUUGAUAUGGAGGAUGAAGAUGAUGAUUUUAAUGUUAAAGAUGAAGAAUCUCAUGCAACUGCUAUUACCACCACCACAGUUGCCACGACUACCAUGGGUACCUCCAGUGACAACUCAACCAAGGUUGUCGACACGGUUCGAUCAGAUUCUAGUAGUCAUGAAAUCAGUGAGUCUAACCUUGCAGUUAUCAAUUACGAUAGAGCUGAUUUGGACCACACCACUACUAAAUUGCCAUCGUUGAUUCAAUCUUCAUACCAAUCUAGCAAAUCAUGGUGUGAUAUUAUUGACAAUGAUGACUAUACUGUUGAGUAUGAAUUGGCCGGAUUUGAAGGAUUACAUUUAUCUGACAAGAAGAAGGAGAAAGUUACAAUUGUAGAACAGGAGAUAUGGGAUGAGUCUGUUGUUUAUUAG